AUGCCGGAGAGCUCCCUAAAAGUAUAUAUCAGGCCAGGUGAUGCGAAUCGGCAGUUGGCAACACUGAUCCUACCUGACGGCCAGCUUACCGUCGACGAGGGGCGGUCCGCCUCCUCCCUAGCCGAGCCCAGCGCCCGCGAUAGCCCUGGCCUCGAGUCGGCCUUAGUCCCGGGCCUGGGUCAUCGGGCACGGGGGUCCCUACCUGUACCCAUAUCCGGCCCUGGCCCUGGCCCCGCCGGCGGCGCUCUCUGCAACUGCCUCCUCCUCGCUCUUGCCGGACGCCGUGCGGGCCAAGAGCUCGUCCCAGAUCACCUUCCGGCGACAGAACUGCACCCUGAUCCCGUUCCCCGGGCGCCAGCGGCUUCCCCACGUCUCUUCUAG